AUGGCAUUCGGCAUCAAACUAGCUAUUACACUGUCCUCCACGCGUCGUGCCUCUACCUCCUUCCAAGCAGUUGUUUCAAUGGCACCAUGGAGCGCCUACGCUCCACCACAAAUACAAAAGGUCAAUUUCUCACGCAAUCUGCAGUAUCUGGAAAUCGUAUCACCCGCCGCGGCGGAAGCCGAACCAGUCCCAACGGCGACAGCCGGUGGUAGCCCAUCAUCCGGAAAAACGAUCCCCGAAGUUCAGUCCCAUCUGAAUCUGGCGGCAGAAGUUGCCAGCCGGCAGCGCAACCAGCGCCGUAAGGAGUUUUACGCACAGCUCAAGCAACAGGUCUGCGGCGAUCGUCUGCAGGCCAUCCGGCGGAUGGCACAGAAUCCCGUCUACGUCAAUGAGAACUUCCAGCAUCCUUGGCGUACGGUUUCGCGUAUUUCCGACCAGCUGGUUGACGAACUGGUAACCGAGCUGACCAAAGAGGGGUUUGACUUUGGCGAGCAAUCGUUUGUGGAGGAGUUUUUGCGGUUGCAACUGGACGGUUAG